UAGCGGGCAAGCAGGUUUUCUAAUCGCUGCGUUUUCUGUUUUUGUAGCCAGCAGUAACGGCAAGGAAUUGUUUUUAACACGACCUGUUUCGGUGUCUGUACAUCUGAUGCCAUGCCACAAUCAGCAGCUGAACAAUGUGAGCAGUGGCCAGGAGCACCCAAUGAAGCAAGUUCGGUUUGCAAACAGUAACAGCAGCGUGCCUGCAGUAGUAUCCAACUCCGAACCAAGUGAUGCCACAACACAGCCUGACAGCCAGGAGAACCUGGGACCCCAGCUUAAGCUGCUUCCUCUGAAUGACCAGAUCCGUGAAUUACAGACAAUAAUCAGAGACAAAACAACCAGCAGAGGAGAUUUUGUGUUUUGUGCGGACCGACUGAUCAGGCUUGUAGUUGAAGAGGGCUUGAACCAGCUCCCCUACUCUGAGUGCACAGUGACCACACCGACAGGGUACAAGUAUGAGGGUGUCAAGUUUGAAAGAGGCAACUGUGGAGUCAGCAUUAUGAGGAGUGGCGAGGCCAUGGAGCAGGGUCUCCGUGAUUGCUGCCGCUCUAUCCGCAUUGGCAAGAUCCUCAUACAGAGUGACGAAGAGACACAGAAAGCCAAGGUCUACUAUGCCAAGUUCCCCCCAGAUGUGUAUAGAAGAAAAGUGCUGCUCAUGUACCCCAUUCUCAGUACAGGGAACACCGUGAUUGAGGCUGUGAGGGUGCUGAAAGAGCACAGGGUCCAACCCAAACAUAUUAUCCUACUCAGCCUCUUCUCCACACCUCAUGGAGCAAAAUCUAUAAUCCAGGAGUUCCCAGAUAUCACAAUUCUGACCACAGAAGUCCACCCGGUGGCUCCAACGCAUUUCGGACAGAGGUACUUUGGCACCGACUAAAUGGAGGACAACCCGAGGAACAUGAUCUGCAAAUAGUUUUGGUUGUAUUUUUAAUAUAUUUUGCAAUGUAUUCGUCAUGUUCUCCUCAUUGUGCGAAGUACUGCUUCUCAUUUACAAAAUUCAAAAACUGAUAUCAAAUUAAUCAAAUGUAUAUAUUCUAUGCUGUG